AUGGCUGACCCGCAGCAAAAAGUCAAAAACGCCGGCGAUACCGUGUCGGAUCAGGGCAAAUCGGUUGGCGACCAGGCCGCUGGUGCCACGGGCUUUGUCACCAGCACCUUGGGCGCCGCAGUAGGCGGCGUCACGCGGACUGCCGGAGCUGUCACGGGUGCGGCGACAACUGGGCUCGGAAACACCUUGAGCAGCGUGACGGGGGAGACGGGAAAACCAAUCGGCGACGCCUUGAGCUCAGUCGGGAGUGGGGUUCAGAGCGGUGUUGAGAGCGUUGCCAAAGGUGUGGAAGAUGCCGGAAACUGGAACAAGAAGGACUAA